GCGUGUAUCCGUGUUCAUAUUUUAUUGUUAAUCUGGUUUUUUAUCUUUCUCUCCUGCAGAGAAUGGAAGUGACAGCCAAGAGCGGGAGGAUCUUCACAAUCCACGUCCAGGGUGACCUUACCAAGGCCGAGUCCAGAGCUGUCUUCCUUACCGUUCACGACAUGGGCAGCAACCACACGUCGUGGGUGGACUUCGUGGAGCACCCGGUGAUGAGGGAGACCAAGGAACGAUCAGUCUUCAUCCACGUCGACGUUCCCGGCCAAGAGGACGGCGCCCCUGACCUUCCCAACGAGUGAGUACUCUUCUCAAGACACCCUUCACCCCCCCC